GGGAAAAAGAAAGGGAGCAUGGCCGCCUCCUCCGCCUCCGCUCCGGCGCGCCGCUAAACCCGCACUAACCCCACAACACAGCCAGACGCUCCCGCCGCCGCAAAACCCUAAACCCCGCCGCCCGCCAUGCGCCUCUUCGCGCCCCUCUCCCAGCGCGCCGCCGCCGCCGCCGCAUCCGCAUCCACAUCCACCCCGGACAUCGUCGCGGAGCUGGGCCGCGUCCUCGCCACGCGCCGCUGGAACAAGGGCCGGGCCUACAAGCGCCUGGCGCCGCACAUCACCCCGGCGCUCGUCGCCGACCUCUUCCAGACCCCCGCCGCCGCCCCGGACCCCGCCGCCGCGGUCGCCUUCUUCGACUGGGUCGCGCGGCGCGAGGGCUUCCGCCACACGGCCGCCUCCCACGCCGCGCUCAUCCACCUCCUCGCGCGCCGGCGAGCCGCCUCCGCGCGCUACGACUACGAGCGGCUCGUCUUCGGCAUGCUCGGCUGCGCCCGCACCGCGGAGGACGCGCGCGCGUCCGCCGACGCCGUGCGGGCCAUCUGCCGAACGGGUGCCGCGCGCCACGCGCUCUCCCCGGCCUGCUACAACCUCGCGCUCAGGUCGCUCGCGCGCUUCGACAUGACGGACGAGAUGGAGCGCGUCUACGCGCAGCUCGUGCGCGACGGGCUGCUGCCGGACACCAGGACCUACAACGCCAUGAUCAAGGCGCACUGCAAGGACGGCGACCUCGCCGCCGCGCACAGGUAUUUCAGGCUGCUGCUGGAGUGCGGGCUGGAGCCGGAUACGUUCACGUGUAAUGCGCUGAUUCUCGGUUACUGCCGGACGGGUGACCUGAGGAGGGCCUGCUGGGUGCUGCUGAUGAUGCCGCUGAUGGGUUGCCGCAGAAAUGAGUACUCCUACACCAUUUUAAUUCAGGGUCUCUGCGAUUCGGGGUCUGUAAGGGAGGCGCUUGCGCUGUUGUUGAUGAUGAGGCAGGACAGCUGCUCCCCGAAUUCGCACACAUACAAGUUCUUGAUAGCCGGCCUGUGUAGGGAGGGCAGGGUUGCUGAUGCCAGGAUGCUGCUUGAUGAAAUGCCUCGGGGAGGUGCUGUUCCGAGUGUUAUGACGUACAAUGCGAUGAUCACAGGGUACUGCAAGGCAGGGAGGAUGCAGGAUGCGCUGGGGAUCAAGGAGCUGAUGGAACGAAAUGGGUGCCGCCCGGAUGAUUGGACAUACGGCAUUUUGAUACAUGGCCUCUGUGAUGGGAAGAUAGAUGAAGCUGAACAAUUUCUGGACAGUGCUGUUAAAGGAGGUUUUACACCUACGGUUAUCACGUUCACUAACUUGAUCGAUGGGUAUUGCAAAGCUGAAAGGAUAGAUGAUGCACUCAGGGUGAAAAAUAAUAUGAUGCUGAGGAAAUGCAAACUUGAUAUAAACGUCUAUGGAAAGCUCAUCAACAGCCUCAUUAAGAAGGAUAGGUUAAAAGAGGCUAACGUGUUGUUAACUGAAAUUUUGACAACUGGUUUAGUUCCGAAUGUGGUCACCUACACGUCUUUUAUUGAUGGCUAUUGCAAGAUUGGGAAAGUUGAUUUGGCACUAGAGGUCUUGAAAAUGAUGGAAAGAGAUGGUUGCCGGCCAAAUGUCUGGACCUACAACUCUCUGAUGUAUGGGUUGAUUCAGGAUAAAAAACUUCACAAGGCAAUGGCGCUCAUAACUAAAAUGCAGAAGGAUGGAAUAACUCCUAAUGUUAUCACCUAUACCACUUUGGUUCAAGGCCAGUGCAAGGAACAUGAAUUUGACAAUGCUUUCAGGUUAUUUGAAAUGAUGGAGCAGAGUGGUUUGACACCUGAUGAACAAUCAUACACUGUCUUAACUGGUGCACUAUGCAAAGCUGGAAGGGCUGAAGAAGCUUAUUCAUUUCUUGUUAGAAAAGGAGUAGCCCUAACCAAGAUGCUAUAUACUACUUUAAUUGAUGGUUUCAGCAAGUCAGGCAAUAGCGACUUUGCUGCCACACUCAUAGAGAGCAUGAUCGAUGAGGGAUGCACGCCAGAUUCAUACACAUAUAGUGUACUGUUGCAUGCUUUAUGCAAAAAAAAGAAGCUGCUGGAAGCUUUGCCGAUACUGGAUCAGAUGACUCAAAGGGGAAUAAAAUGUACCAUUGUUGCAUAUACAACUGUAAUCAACGAAUUGAUCAGAGAGGGGAUGCAUGACCAUGCUAAAAGGAUGUACGAUGAAAUGGUAUCAUCAGGUCACAAGCCAAGUGCAACCACAUAUACUGUAUUCAUUAACUCAUACUGCAAGGAAGGUCAAUUGGAGGAGGCUGAGAAAUUAAUUGUGGAAAUGGAGAAAGAAGGUGUUGCCCCUGAUGUGGUGACCUACAACACAUUCAUUGAUGGCUGUGGGCAUAUGGGAUAUAUUGACCGCGCAUUUCAUACCAUGAAGCGCAUGAUGGAUGCAUCAUGUGAGCCAGAGUAUUGGACUUAUUGUAUUCUGCUCAAGUAUCUUCUAAGAGGGAAUCUUAAUGUCAGUUAUGUAGACGUUUCUGGCUUGUGGAACUUAAUAGAGUUGGAUACUGUUUGGCAGUUUCUUGAAAAGAUGUCACAACAUGAUCUAAAGCCCACAACAACGACAUACAGUUCUCUCAUUGCAGGAUUCUGCAAAGCCAGCCGUAUUAAAGAAGCAUGUAUUCUUCUUGAUCAUAUGUGUGGAAAAGAUAUAACACCCAAUGAAGAGAUAUAUACAUUGCUUAUAAAGUGCUGUUGUGAUACCAGGUCCUUUGAGAAGGCCUCGUCGUUUGUUAACAACAUGAUAGAAUGUGGCUUUCAGCCUCAUCUUGACUCAUACCAGCUUCUUAUACUGGGUCUCUGUAACGAGGGAGAAUUUGAGAAGGCUAAUUUGUUGUUCAGCGACUUGCUUGAACUGGGCUAUAAUCAUGAUGAAGUUGCAUGGAAUAUUCUAAAUGAUGGUUUGCUCAAAUUUGGUUAUGUUGAUAUAUGUUCACAGAUGCUGUCCACCAUGGAAAAUAAACACUGUUGCAUUAGUUCUCAGACAUAUGCUAUGGUGACCAAUGGCAUGCAUGAGGUGUCUAGCAGUCUGGUUGGUGAAGUCAAAGGAGAAGCUACUUGAGUCAGUCUGACUGAUGUGUUCAUGCUAGUAGAUUUGUAAAUUCCAUUGCCCUCUCUGGUGAGCACUUCAUCUGGACCUAUCUGUUCAAUGGAAGACAGGUGCAAUUUUGAUAUUAGCGAGGCACCUGCAGGUUACAUGGAGCACUGCAUUGAGCAACAUCCAGUUAGGAUGCCGUUUGAUCAGCUAAAUGCUAAUAGAUAUUUUGCUCAAACUGGCCAGUUUGCCGAAACAGGAUAUUCAUACCAAUUCCUGUUUCUAGUCAAAUUGAAGGCACUUCUCAUCAUCGCAGUUGGGAGGCACCAUCCUUCCUUUUCAUGCAGAUAGUCACUGUCAGGCUCUCCACACCUAGGACUUACGGAGUUCCAUGUCUUGCUUUGCUUUGGGGGCAAUAAAUUAUAAUUGUCAUUCUUUCCCUCUGACAAUAUUAAACUGUCUACCUCUACAACACCUAUUUAUGUUGAGGUUCGUAUAAGUCCAUAUAGUGUGGUGCGAAGUAACUCAUCAACUGGAAGAACUGAACUAAAAAAUUGUUGGAUAGGUAGAUAUAUGUACUGAGUAAAAAAUUAAUAUGUAUAUAAACUUGUUUAACUACUACCUCUUUUCUUCAACGUAUAUUACCAUGGGAUGCUUGCAGUCAACCAUUAGAAAUGUUGACCAUAAUGUGUGUGAAAGUACAUUUGAUUCAUGUUGUAGUAUUCUUUUAUGUUUUGCACACUUGUUUGUUCUCUAUAAAACACAUUAUGUUCAUUAAAUUGCAGUCAUAGUCUCCGUGUUGGAGACUGUAAAAAGUAACAGAGGGAGUAGGUUUUCUGUUAUUUAGCCCAUGCUUGAUAUGCCUUCAAAUCGUGGUUUAGCCAAGAAAGGAUGGUGGUUUGGGUUGAAUUUUGCCACACUGGUACAUCAGUUGUUGUCCAUGGUGAGACUUUGACAACAGGAAACAUGAUACCUUGAGGGGAUAUGUUGUAAAAAUGAAAAUAAAUAAAUACUCCCUCUGAUCCAAAAUAAGUGUCGGAGAUUUUGUACAAAGUUGGUACAACUUUUGUACUAAGCUCCCGACACUUAUUAUGGAUCAGAGGGAGUAGCAAAAUUUGUAUAGACAAGCAACUUGCUACCGGCCUUUGUUAAUGUGACCGUGUACCAGCCUUGCAGCCUUGCUCCUAUAAAUUCUUGAAAUUUGGUUCUUCUCAUUUCAAGGACAAAGGCUUAAGUAAGCAGAAUAAAAAUAUGAUCUCAUAGCAUCAUUAAUUUAGAUGCAAUAUUUACAGGUGUACAUGAUUCUUUUCCCUAAAUGACAACCUUUGGAGUGAUAAUAAUACCAGCAUUCAUGGCCCUGAUUUGAUUCAUAUCCACAGACCAGGAGAACCAACCAGUCAAUGUUUAAGUAGCAUGAUGACAUUGGAUUCACUAUUGGGAAACAACAGCGGACUUAUCCCAGCCUCUCUUAGUCCUACUAUAAUGGUCUGUACUAUGUGAACUUCGAAGAAGAAAAUGCAGAAUUCGACUCUAAUUCUGACUGUAGGAAUCGUGCGAGAUGAUAAUCUGAUCUGAUACCGUUGUGGCUUUGCUUACAUAUAACACUUUCUCUAACAAUUAUUACAGUACUUUAACUGAUAAGAGUAAAUUGCACCACAGGUUGCAUCUGUAUCCAUAAACUAGAAAUCUGAAUAUAUAUGCACGAAUUAUAAAGAUUUCAUUAAACAUGGUAAAUCAAUCUGUUCCCACUCUCCUUUCUGUCCUUGUGGUGCCAGUAUGUCCGCCAUCAAGGCGCAAUUGUGCCACCUGGCUCCAGGGCAAUAUCGGAUAGGCCUUAAGCCUCAUAUCCUACCAUAAUUGAUAACACAUGCAUGGUGUGUAGCAUCACCUUUUCUAUAAAGCCAUAUAGGUAUAAGAGUUUACUUCAGGCUUUAUUAGUCUAGUUAUUAAUGGAAUGAUGCUCAGGUGAUCAGGUGCAAAAAACACCCUCAACUGAAGGGUUGGGUUCAGGUAUUGCACUGAAAAUUGGAAACGAUUCUUAAUUCAGAGAGACC